AUGGGGAACUUUUGUGCUGUUUGGCAGCUUGGUCGAGGGACUGGUGGGCCAAUCGGCCCACAAAAGCACCCGCGAAAGCAACCACUGGUAAAAUUGAAGUCUGUCCACCCCGGGCUGCCUGGAUGCCGUCGACAUUUUGGCCAAUAUCCCUUCGAGAUAAGUAGUCCGGACAAUCACAUCGUUUCCCAUAGACGCCGCUUUUUACAAGGGGAUUCUUUCACCACAAGGCAUAUUUGGGUCUGUGGCAGCAGGUCUCUUGAGAAAGCACCCGACACUGACAUAUGGAAGGCCGUUUUCGAUCUUAUCACCUCAGUCGCACAGGCCUCACAGGCCACCAGAUCCACUCCUCCUCCUCCACCCAGGUCGUCCUUGAUAAUUCCACAGACCUCUCACUCGCGCAACACCAGUAGUCUCGCUAACUCGUCGGAACUACCAAGAGAUAUUGAUCCUUUCUUGAGGGAUGAGCUGUUAGGAGAGCUCCAUGUGAACACUCCUGGAUUAUUUGCAGCAUAUUUUGAUGGCAUUGAAGGUCUCAGCAGGGCUGCACAGGCUGUCUACCAGAAGUGCAACACAGGGAUAGCCCGCUCUACAAUGACAAGAACAGCACACAAGACAAGAAGUACAUACAAGUGGUCAGAGAUCCUAGUGCCAGGAAAGCUGAAGAAUGACCGAAAGUAUGAUAUCCCUUCUGGUGCAAGGCUCGUUCUGGCCCGGUAUGCCAGAGAGGUGCUCUCUGCGCAAGACGACCGCCGAUUCGUCCUUGGCUUCACACUGUGUGGACCAAUUUUACGCGUCUGGGAAUUUGGCCGUUGUGGCGGGAUUGCCUCAGAUGGGAUCAACAUCAACAAAGAUGGCCUGAGGUUUAUCUCAGUGAUGCUGGGGUUCCUCUUCAUGGACCGAUCUCAACUCGGUUUUGAUCCCACAGUGGUCACAGUGAAUGGUAGACGCUGCAUUGAGAUUGAGUGUGGUCGUGAGAAGGAGUGUCUUGUCAUUGAUGAAGUGAUCCUGCGGGCGCAAUGCAUUGCUGGCCGAGCCACAACCUGCUGGAGGGCGCAUCGUAAGGCGGAUGAUUUGCAGAUGCCCCUGGUGAUCAAGGACUCCUGGCAGUAUUCAGAGCGCGAUGAGGAAGGGGAACUGCUGCGCCAGGCCACGGAGUGCGGGGUCACCAAUGGAGCCCGGUAUGAUUCCCAUGUCACCGUCCAAGUGGACGGUAAAGACGAUGACAUCCAGGCCAUUCGGAAAGGUCUCAGCAUUCCAACAAUGAACAAUCAGUCGAACAGUCUGCAAGAACUCCCAAAGCGGAGUGCAUCUAAUAGAGGGCGAAAGGACCCUGGCAACAGUGUCAUUGGACAGAAACGGUCAUUUGACUGCAUGGAUCCAGUGUUUCCUCCUCCUAGCAAGCGUACCCAGUCAAACUCCCUAACAAAAGUUUCAGCAGAGGGCAAGCCACUCAAUCGAGUCCACCGCCGUGUCAUUGUUCGGGACUAUGGGAUCCCUAUAUUCAAAAGCAGCUCCAAGGUUGCUUUGCUUAAAGGAAUCGAGCUCUGCAUUGAAGGAGAGCAGCGGGAUGGCUACUCUGGGGCGCGAGGCAAAACUGGCACUAGAGCAUUUAUGGCGAUUGGUGUGCUAUAUGGGGAAAAUCACUCCUUCAUGCAUGAUCUUGAGUCCUUUUUCUGGGUUCUAUUCUGGAUAUGUGUUCAUUACGAAGGGCCUGGGAGGGGAAGCGAAGUGGGGGAUUUUGAGGAGUGGAACUACAUGAGCACAGAAAGGCUUGCUGGAUCAAAAAAGGGGGUGAUAGAUGAUGAAGGUGAUUUUCUCAGAAUUGCAACAGAUAACUUCACUCCAUACUACCAGCCUUUGGUAUCUUGGGUUAACAGGCUACGACGAAUCGUGUUCCCGGGUGGGAGACGAUGGAAGAAGCCUAAUCCAAAUCUGGGUUUGGACAUGCGGAGAGUGAUUCAAGAAACCUACUCAAAUCAUUUUGGCUGUGUCUUGUGGGCGUUGCACUUCCGCGCCGCCCUCUUGAACUGGGACAGAGUGACGCAGGAAAGACAGGUAACUAGAGCAUGCGACUUGAGCGCAUCCUUGAAUGUGGUGCGCUCCCCACACUAG